GCCAACCACAACAAAAACAAAACUGCGGAAAGGCAAAUGCAUGCAGCGUUGCAUGCAGCCAUGCAUGCGGAAGACUUCUGAGGGCUCAAAAUUUCAUUAAAAUCCUGUGUCACAUUUAAAAAUUAAGAAAUGGAAACUCGGGUUUUGACAAAAGCGGCUGCGUUUCGUCUGAACGAGCCGUCUCCUGUGGAAGUUGUGAUUUUCAAUGAACGUCGAUCGAAAAAGGAACAACCCAGCAAGCCAAUCCUUGACUCGAUCAGUCUCAAGCCUGUAGAUCAACAUUCAGAACCCCAGAAACCAUUCAGCAUGAAAAAAGCGCGGUUCGAAGUCACGAAACUGGCCAUGACUUCUCUGAAGGCUGCUUCGAAAGUGGAGGCCAAGGAGGCUUUGGCCCUCAGCUUAGGGGCCAGACCCAAAAAGCGAUCGGCCGUUAAUUACAAAGAGUUGAAAGCUCAAAAGGCGGCCGAGAAAGAGAUUGAGGAGCAAGAGGAAAAACUUCGGUCUCUUGGAAAAAUUCUGAAACGAACGGGCAGGAAAACCUCAUCGGGGAGAACAAUGGGCUCUGGAACUGCACCCAGCAAAAAGACAAAGGGCACUCCUAAGGCUGUAAACAAAUUGAAGACGGGAAUUUUAGGGAAAUAUGGAAAAGUCGAUAAAGCCAAAAUUAAGGCAAUUAAGAGUAGUAAAAUGAUGGGAAGUGGCAGCAAAGGCAAAGGCAAGAGAUGAGUAAUGUACCUUUUUCAUAUUAAAAAAAUUUAUUGCAAUUUUUAAUUUUUACAUUAUUCCUAAUGAGAAAUUUGAUUCAUUAAAAUAUCCACCAAAAAUAAAAUGAAAUUGAAAAUUUAAUGUAAAAUUAUUGUCUUUUU